AUGGAGAAGGCAAUCAGGUCCCUCAGAUCCAAGAAAAUACCAGUGUUCGAGCCUGGAGAGGAAGAGUAUGAGCGUUCUGUCGCGACCCCCAAUCUCCUGUUCCGUUUCUCAAGGCCCGAUUGUGUGAUCCAGCCUGAGACAGCUGCUCAUGUCCAAGCUAUUGUCAAGCAAGCGAGAUCUCAGAACCUCAGUAUCACUAUAAAGUGUGGCGGCCAUUCUUAUGCAGGGCAUUCCACAGCCUUCAAAGGCAUAUCGCUGGACCUCAAGAAGAUGAACAAAGUCGAGCUGGACAUGGGAUCAAAGACUGUGACGAUGGACGCUGGUUGCCAAUGGGGCCAUGUGUAUAAGACACUGAUAAACGGGCGACACGAGAGUUUUAUCAUCAAUGGAGGGCGAUGUCCUUUUGUAGGAGUAAGCGGUUUCAUACUGGGAGGCGGCCUCGGUCCGUUCACAAGGACCUUCGGGAUGGGGAGUGACACUUUGCAGGAGGCCACCAUUGUGACCGCAGAUGGAGAUAUGGUUACUGUCAAGGACAGCCAUGCACCGACCUCCAAGGAAGGCAGGCUCUUCUGGGCACUCUGUGGCGCAGGUGGUGGGAACUUUGGCGUAUUAGUGAAGAUGAAGCUGAAGGUCCAGCAACUACAGAACGAGGAUGGUAUUGUGGUAGCUGGGAGAUACCAAUGGUUCCCCAAAUCAGGGACCACAGACGAGUUCAUGACCACCAUGAACGAUUUCUAUUCGAUCAAAUGGCCCAAGGAGAUGACCAUUGAUAGCACCUGGAUGUGUGACCUCCGGGAGACUUCGGGGGAUGGGGUCCGGUUCCUUUUCUACUAUGAUGGUAACAAGGAACAAUUCGAUGGGGUUAUCGACGAAUACAUCAAAGACCCAGAGUUGGUAAAACAGUUCAAACGGCGUACCCUGCCCGAAAAGUCCACCCGUUUCCUACACGAGACGCUCGUGGCUCAGUGGUCAGAAGAAACCACAAGAGCAUUCCCCUCCAACAGGACCUAUAGCAUCUACAGUUCUUUUGUUUUCGACAAUGAUAGCAAGAAUAUCAAUGAAGUGACGGCCAUAAUCCGGGAGGAGAUGAAAGAUUUCCGGGACCUAUAUGCAGGGGAACGGGUUGAGUUCCUAGUCACUUGGAUUCAUACAGGGGGCAAGGCGACAGAAAGGAGACCCUCGGAUUCAGCCUUCUUCUGGCGUGAGGCUGUGUAUCACACAUAUGUCACGGUAGAGUGGGAGGACAAGUGGAUGGAGAGGGACAUGAGAGGCUUCUUAGGCAAAGUCAAGAAGCGACUGCGACCCUUCUCCCUAAAUAAGGAGGCCGCGUUUAUAAAUUUCCCCGAUGGAGCAAUGACGAAUGACACCCAUGAAAGGGCAUAUUUCGGUGAUAACCGCGAAGAGCUUCGACGUGUCAAGGAGACCUGGGAUAAGAGUAACUUCUUCAAGUGGGACCAAGGGGUUCGGCUUCCGCAAGGUAAAGAUGGCGAUAAGGCUCCAGACGUGAGUGAACCGGACGACGAAGACUUGACGGAUACACUUGCAGGAAAGCAGUGGGAAUAUUUUGAAACCGGGGAUUUCGUGGGAGACCUUGAAAAAUUAGCUGAUUUUGGAUUUUAA